CUGAGGAAAACAGCAGCGGAAAAGCGACUGACAAUCUGAAGAAUAUUUUUCUUAUUGUGCCAUUUAAAGCACGUUUUCAGACUUAUGACCGCGAUCUGACAGUCACCCGCGACCAUGGCCAACAAGAAGAAAGUUAUCGUCACGGGAUUUGAACCGUUUGGAGAACAUGCAGUGAAUGCCAGCUGGGUGGCUGUGCAGGAGCUGGAUCGGAUAGGUCUGGGCGAGGACAUAGACCUCUUUGUGUGCGAAGUUCCAGUGGAAUACCAGGCCGUCCAGACACUACUGCCUUCAAUGUGGGAAGAGCACCAACCACUGUUAGUGGUCCACGUGGGGGUCUCUGGUCUGGCGAAGGCUGUGACGUUGGAGCAGUGUGGGCACAAUAAGGGCUACAGGCGUCUGGAUAACUGCUGCUUCUCCCCAGAGUCUGAGUGUUGUAUCGAGGAUGGACCCGAGUGCAUCAGCUCCGUGUUGGACAUGGAGGCCGUUUGCAAGCGCGUUAGUGAAGCAGGGGGCAGGGCCAAAGUGACAGUGUCCAAGGACGCGGGCAGGUACCUUUGUGACUACACCUACUACACGUCUCUGUUUGUGGGGAACGGUCGCUCAGCCUUCAUCCACGUGCCUCCUCUGGGGAAACCCUACAGCAGUGAAGAGCUGGGCCGUGCUCUGCAGACCAUCAUCACAGAGAUGCUCACACAGCUAGAAGGGGAGCACGCACAGGCUCACUGCAACCACAAGGGGCACCACUGAGGUCACAUGCUCCUGGGUUAUGAAGCUCAACAGUCGCGCCUAGUCUGGUUCUGGAAGUCAAUUUUCCAUAGAUUAUUCCCAUGGACUUUUCUGUUGUUUGCCUGACGAAGGCCUAGUGCCGAAACGUUGCAUGGUUUGUCCUAAUAAAUCUCACAAUUUGCAAGUAAGACGGUGUGCGGGAUUUUACUCGAUGCCCCAUGGACUAUUCAAAAAAUUCAAAUAUUAAGAGUUUAGAUAGAUAUAGAUAAAAAUCCCACACACCGUCUUACUUGCAAAAUGUGAGAUUUAUUUGGACAAACCGUGCAAUGUUUUGGCACUAGUCCUUCAUCAGGUAAACAGAAUCUUUUCUUUUAAAUAUUAAGACUUCAGAGUCAUCAAGGAGGCUAACCAGAUAUGUGGCAACUAAUAUUUAUCACGCAGUUAUCCAAAAAGCACAUUUUAAUCACAAGAUGAGCCCCGUUGAGUUACUUUAACUCUGCUAAAUGCUUUAAUAAAGUGGUCAUUAGUUACCAAAUAGCUGAUUAGACCUAUGUCUUUGUCCAAGUCUAUGGGAAAAUGAAUGAGAAGUUUAGUCCCAUUACGGUGCCUGGGUAAAAUACAAGGCAGUUUUAUGUUGAAGAUUUAUGUUUCUGGCCCAGGACCUCUCCAAAUCUCCAGCACUUUUUAAACAUACUUUUUUAAAUUUACCAUUCGAGAUGUCAGUGUGAUGAGGGAAACUAUAUGCUGCUUUCAAGUGUUGAUGGGGUUAUAUUAUUGGCUGGGAUCCAAAAUACACACUCCUUCAAUACUUAACGAAGAUGUGAGUCUGGUCUCUGGUGAAUCUCCUCAUUCAAUCAACAAAGCACAUAGACCGUAUAAAAGAAAUGGAGUAAGCAAGUGGAGUAUGUAAAGACUGUGACGUCACCCACAAGGUUCAGCUCCACUCAAAUGAAGCUCCCGAUGCCACAGUUACAGGAGUGAAUUUGGAGCCAGGCUCCAUAUUUGAAAAUCCGACUUUGAGUAUCAUAGUAACCACCAGAGCCAAUCAUGAUUCAGGUCAUUAAAUAUGCCGUAUGUGAACUUCUUAUUUGGAACACGGCAGCUAGCAUGUUAGCUAUGUCGACUCGUAUAUACGGUCUAUGGUAAAGCACUUAACUCUGUUAAUAUGAGGUGAGAGAAAUUAGAUUUUGUUCAAAAUGAUAAGUUACCAAUGAGCUCCUUUUUUCACAUGCGUCACUGAAAAAGGAACUUCUGAUUGGCUGAAGGUGUGACAAAGGGUGUGGGGUCCAGACUGUUGUCAGUCUGUAUCAUUCUGGAUUUGCUGGGAAAGGAUUAUGAUAUUGGGUGAGGGGAAAUUAGGUUUUGUUAAAGUGAAAUUAUUUUAAGUUACAGAAUCAACAUUAAAGGAGCUGUACACUAUUCAUGUAAUAAAUAAUAAAUAUAUUGCCCUAGUACAGAUGCAUUUAGCAAUUCUUACAUACUCUCAAAGUUACCAUGAAAACUCUUUAAAAUGCUCUUUUUCUGUUUUGUAAAAUUGGGUACAGCACCUUUUAAACUGUUAAAUUGUUCCUGUGCUUGAAAGCAGCAUCUAAAAAUAACUGUAACUUGACUGAAUGAUUAUUAUCCUCCAUGGUGUUUUCCAGUUAUUAAAUCUGUCUUCUCCUGCCCCUAAUUUAAAAGGAAGGUUUAUAAUUUAACAUGGACUAAACCUUUGUGUUACAUUAUUCUUCUUUUGUCUUUGAUAAAUACAUUUUGUUCUAACUUUCUCUAAUUUAAUAUACUGAGUUACACAUCUUUUAAUUGCACAUAAAAUAGUCCUCAUAUCAUAGUGAGUUUAAAAUCAUAUUUGCAGUUGCCACAUCCUACUGAGAAAAUAGAACAACUGAUGAUUUCCAUACUCACUCUGUAGCUUUUAACCAUUUGCAAGUGUCAUUUUUGUUUACAUGUGAUGAAUCAAUGUUUUGAAUAACUUCUUUCCACUGUAUUAGCAGAAGUUGAUAAUUAUAUUUUUUGUAUCUCAGGGAAAUAAACAUUGCCAAAUGAUCAGUGUCUGAUUACUGCACUACUGUAAGUUAGCUUCAAGUUCAAUCAAUAAAGUGUACUAGUGAA